UAAUCUCUUUAUCGAUUGAGAAUUUGAGUGCUCUAUUUACGAAAAGUACUAGUAGGCCUACGGUAAGAGAAAGUUCUUUGGAGGCUUCUCGCGUCCCUUGUUGAGGGAUCGGCAGAGCGGAGAGCGACUGGAGUCAGCCGGACGUACUGGUACUGUGUAGAAGUCAAACAGUGGAGAGAUAACUACUCAUACAUAGCCGGGGAAGGUGGAUGGAACUGUAUUCUUCUGAGGUUGUACCUAGAUCGAUUUAAUGAGGAACAUUUCUACCAAGUGAAGCUGGGUACAGAGGCUCGCAAGGAAACGGACAAGGAAUACUGAAAUAGAUCUAAUUUUCAAUUCUGUGAGCCUGAUAAAGCAGAAAACUAAUUAAAGAUGGCGGAAUUAGCUGGUCUUCCCCUGGCAGCUCUGAUCUUCUUACUUGUCAUCUUCAUCUUUCUAACGUUCCUCAUUCUACUCUUCAUGUACCUCAAUCGUAUUGCUUGCUUUGCCAACUGUGGAGGAUGCCCAUGUAUGGAAGAGAAGAAGAAGAAAAAAAGGGAGAAACAAGCCAUUCUCGGUGAUAGCUUUGGAUAUGAGAAUGAAGAGUCUUCAUCAGACAGUGAGGAUGAGACCAUUCUCCGGUACCAGCAGUCCCUCUUACCUCCUAAGGGCACACAGCCAAUCAUCAACAAGAAAAUCAAGAAAAGUCCAACCAUCACUGUUGAAGGAGAAGAAUUCUUGUAUGUACAUGAUGUUGAGGAUGAAACAGGAGACACCUUCCCAAGACACGAGAGGAGUUUCUUUGAGAUGGAAGGAGAUAUCGAAAUGACAGGUGAACUGGUCUGGAACAAACUCUUGAAUGAUGUGAUUAUCCCUUCACUGUCGCCCUCCCCUCUAAUAUGAAGUUGAAAGUGUGAAUUUGAAUAAUCCAAAUUAUUAUUUUACAGAUAGUCUGGCUUUUCAGGGGCCCAUCCUCGUAAGAGUUACAUUUGAUUGAUAUUGAGUUUGAUCCCAACUUUUAUUCUCUUCAAAACACAUUUAAGAUCAGUGCCAAUCUCAGUUUGAUAUAUUUGAAUCACUUGCAAUUAUCUUAAUUUUUUUUUAAAUGAGUGAUAGAAUAAAGUGGUUUGCAGAGAAUCAGACUGCUUGAAUGAUCAUUUCAGAUGAAGUUUAUUAAUGAUAUUUAUAGAUAUGGAUUAAUUUAAUUAAAAUUAGUUAUGGCGGAAACCAAGAUCCAGUUCAAUCACCCAUACUAACUUGUAAAUAAAGACAGAACCAAUUUGAAUAUCUCCACAUCUGCAUGAAGUCUGUAGAUAAACUAUAACUCUAUGGUAUUGAACAAUUGAGUAAUUUGGGUACCAGUGUGUUUUUAUGUUUACUUGUACUUUGGAAAUAAAUAGAGUGAGUGAGAGUUGGGAUGAUUGUAAUUUGUAAUCCUCUUGAUUCUGUUAUUU